AUGUUGCAUCACAGGGAUCUUAUCCCAUUCGCUUUGUCAAAUAUUACUGGAAAGUGUUUCUCCUGCAUCUCAGCUCCAAGCACUGCUCCUCAGUUCCUUAAAACCAGGAAGCUGUCAGACUAUAAGGUAGAGCUAUCGUGGCAACCACCACUUGAAGCCAAUUCAGACAUCCUCUUCUACAUUGUCAGAGUUUGGAAUGAGACGUUUGAGCUGGAGCAGAAUGUGACAGGCACAUCAGUGGUUAUUAAUGUGGACUCAGAGAGUCGCUACAAUGCCUCCGUCUCCAGCUGGACCAGACUGGGAGAUGGAGGAGUGCUGAUCCACAUCAGCUUUACCACCACUGCUGCAGAGCCAUUCGACCCGCCACAGAAUGUGACAUUAGUAAACGUGACGGCCUCCUCUGUCACCUUGAUGUGGUAUCCACCCACUGAACCCAAUGGGAUCAUUGUACACUUCACUAUUUACUAUUCUUACAACAACAGUGUAGCUGAGAAGAGGGUUCCCGUUUCAGAUUUGCCUGCUCGCGCCUCCCCUGAUUCACCCUUCGUCUACACUCUGACUGGGCUGAUUGGGGGAUACGAACACACCUUGUGGAUGACCUCUAACACCAUACAGGGUGACGGAGGAGUCCAGUCCGAGCCACUAACUGUGUUCUUACCGGAGGACGCUGCUCCACUCUCAGCCAGGCUCCGGACCUCCAGGGCACCUUGUCUCUCCUGCACUGCCAAGCCCAGCAGGGGUUCACUCCCCUGGGCUCAGACCCCCACACACACCUGGCCCCCUCACACCUACUCAUUCAUCUUAUGGAUCUCUCGAGUUUUAUCUCCCAUUUCCCCUUCAUCUCUCCCCACCUUUUUUUUUUUCCUACUCUGUGUACCAUUUCCAGAGGAGCUGAGUCGAUGGACAGGAUGAGUAUUUCUCUUCGUCUUUCUCGCUUUCAAUCCCAGAUUCUCAGUGUGCAAAUUUCCCUCCCAAGUGCCUCUGUAUAUGUCAGAAUGGGCUGUUGAUUUUAUUGUCUCCGUGUCUGUUUACUGUACUGUUUUACUUUGCUGUGUUUCUGUGUUGGUAAAGUAAUGUCAUGCUGUAUUGUUCGACUUGAUGUGCUGUUGUUGCUGAUUUUGUAAACUACAACAAUGCUGACAAUAAGUAUGAAAGAUAGAAUGAUGGCGAUGACGAUGUUCAUUUUUUCCUGGUGUGUCAGAGUGUGUAUGGUUGAUUGAUGUCCUAAUUUGUUGGCUCGCAAUGUAGUAAACUCACAAUGAAAGACUCACAACUGGUCUUGCCACUAGUUGUUACCAUUAGUAACACCAUUCUACUCUUCUCUUCCUUCAGUGCCAAGUGACUCGGUCCGAAACUUGUCAGCUCAGAUCUUCAGCU